AAGCCUGGUACAGGUUUUAAGCUGUGGUGACUAAAGAUGACUUAAGAUGAUGAACUGUUGUAUUAGUGAAGUCUUCCUACUAGGCACAGGAACAGGAGAGUAAUGAAAUUGAGGCUUUCUAAAAAUCCCACUGCAAUUUAUUCUUAAAGAGGAUUAGUUCAGUUUGCCUGGAAGGAAUCCUCUUGGUUUAGUAAAUUAAAUUGCAGUGGUCAGUCCAGCAGGAGUGACACUGACAGAAACACUGUGGAUCAGUGAUGGGACCCUCGCUCACAUUUGUGCCUCAGUGAAGAGAUUUAAACAUGGGUCAGGGCCAAAGUGACUCUGACGAGGAAGUGGAACUGUCUCAAAUUCACUCUCUUUACACCAUCUUCAUGAAGGAGUGUCCCAGUGGAGCGAUGCAUCUCCAUGAAUUCUGCAGAAUCUUUGGUGUGCAGCGUUCCUCAGAGGACGAGGCGCUUUUUAUGAAGACUAUAUUUCAAUCGUUUGACCAGAACCAGGAUGAUAUGAUCGACUUCCUGGAGUUCGUCGCAGCCGUGCAUCUCGUCCUAAGAGGAAAACUGCAGGAUCGUCUCAAGUGGUCCUUUAAAGUUUACGACAGAGACGAGAAUGGGAAACUGGACAAGAAUGAAGUGAAGAACAUUAUUAAAAUCAUUUGCAAGCUCAAGAAAAAGAAUACAGAUAUGACACCUGAUGAAGUGUGUGACAAGAUAUUUGAGCAUGUGGACCUAAAUAAUGAUGAUCAGAUAUCGUUGUCUGAGUUUAUGGUUGGGGCACAGAGGGACGCCUGGCUCGUGGAUCUGCUCGAACUUGAUGUGCGUGCCAGCAGCUGGUUCAGAGACAACUGGAGGAAAAAGAUAUGAUGUCAAAGAGUUUGAGAGAAAAAUCAAUUUUCCACAUCUCUUGUAAAGGUACAGUGGACAGCCUAGAAGUCACAGCCUCCUCCCCCUGCUGUUAGUUGGAACAGGCAUGUUGUCCAGUAUCUGACUGUUGCAUAGUUCUACAAAUGUUGUGUAGUCAGCACAUGGUCCAUAUGUGGUGCUGG